AUGGCGAUGGGGGAUCCUGAACAAACGAAGAGCAUCACACCCAACAACAACAACAACAUAUUUGCCGCCUUCGCGUCGUACUUCUCGCGCGCAGGCGCCUCCGGUGCCAUCUCCAUGGAAAGCCGUGAGAGCGCACCGAACGUCGGAGAAGUUCGCGCGAUGACUGGUUUCUUACAGCGGUUAAGUGAAGACUGCAACUGCGUCGUUGCCAGAGCUUCUGAUAAGAAGCCGAUCCGUAUCGCCGGCGGCGACUACGCGCUGCCAGCGCUUCUCCAUUUCGACUUCCUCCGCGUUCUGUCAAUGGGCCGUCGUUGUCGCAGUCUUCGCGCGUGGCUGCCGCUCGCCGUCGCAGCAGCGGCGGCGCUGGCGCUCACGGCGAACGCCAGCAGCUCCUUCGGCUCGCUGCUCGAGUCCACGCGGCUGCUGGCCGACGCGGACGAGGACGACGACCGGACCAUUCCCUUCAACUCAUGGAGCAACGUGAACGACACGCUGAGCCACCUGCUCGCGUUCGUGCUCGUGCUGCUGGGCGCGCACCCGCUGGGUCUGUUCUUCCCCAAGUACUUCCGCCUGCCACUCAUCACCGGGUACCUCGUGGCCGGCAUCCUGUCGGGCCCCUUCCUGGCCAACCUGCUGAACGAAGACGUCGUGAACAUGCUCGGCUCGUACGUGAACGCCUUCGCGCUGAGCUUCAUCUCGUUCCAGGCGGGCCAGGAGAUCUACCUGCCGGAGCUGCGGCCGCAGAUCAAGUCUAUCCUGGCGCUGCUUACGACCUACUACUGCACGGCCAUGGUGCUGGGCACCACAGUCUUCAUGCUGGCCGCGGGCGCCUUCUUCUACUCGGACUUCGCGCACAGCUGCCAGCUGGGCAUCGCGCUCAUGUUCGCGUCUAUCUCGGUGCUCGUGUCGCCCUCCACGGUCAUGGCGCUCAAGAUCGAGCUCAACAGCGUCGGGCCCUUCACACACCUGGCGCUCGGCACGUGCAUGACGGCCGAGUUCGUCGUGCUCGUGUCCUUCUCCGUCUCGCGCGUUGUCGCCUCCAUCUACUGCGCCAAGCUGGACGUGUCGCCCGAGAGCAUCGCCUUCACCAUGGGCGUCGUGCUCAUGAAUCUCGUGCUCGGCGCGCUGCUCGGACUCGUGACGAUCCUCAUCUUCCAGCUGCCGAGCGGGCAGCCAGACGUGGGCCAAGCGGCGUCGGGAGCUCCGGCCCACGCCAUGUCGGUAUCCUCCUCCAGGAUGUCCUUGUCCCAACGCCGCAUGAAGAACAGCCAACGCAUUGACAGCAGGCAGGACGUCAGCGACCUCGAGCAGGCGAUGGACGACCCGGACCAGGCGCCGCACCCGUACAACGCGUACGUCGAGGAGACGGACACGGAUAAGUUGCUGGACAAACCCCAAUGGUGGACGGAGCGCAAGGCGCUCUACCUCAAGGGCUUCGUCUGGCUGCUCAUGGGCUACCUGUUCUACCUCUUCACCAACACGCUGAGCGACCUCACCACCGCGCACUUCGGCCUUGUAUGGCAGGUCAAGUUCGAGGCGUUGCUGGUGCUGAUGCUCGCGUCCUGCGCUGCUGGUCACUACGCUGCUAUUCGCCCGCAGAUGCACGUUAUUCUCGAUACGGUGGCGCCGUACAUGUUCCUGCCCUUCUUCGUUAUGACGGGCGCGUCGCUGCAGCUGGACAAGGUGGUGAGUGUGCUGCCGAUGAUGAGCCUGUACCUGGUGCUGCGCUACACGGCCAUCUUUCUGGCCGUGUACGGCGGCGGUCGCUUCCUGCUGAAGCUGCCACCGCAGCAUUACAAGCACUUGUGGCUGACCAUGGCUCCUCAAGCUGGUGUGUCGCUUGGUCUGGCUGCCGAGGUGAAGGAGCUGAUCACCGACGACUGGGGAGCCGAAUUCUCGGCGACGAUCGUGGCUGCAGUGGUGAUCAACCAGGUUAUCGGCCCCGUGCUUUGCUCGCUGGGGCUUCGUGGUGCUGGAGAGAGCAUGAUCGAUCGUCAGGCCGCAGCAGCAGCCCAAGCACACACGCAGACUCCGCCUGAACUGGAAAAAGAUGGAGCUGACUCGGACGUCGAAGUCGGCAAGGACAACCGCAAGUCCUACCGAACUCUCAGCCGUCACAACAGCACUUUGAGCCGCCACAACAGCACCCAAGCGUUGUUCUCUACACGCGGCGGUGGAAUGGAUCCCAGGCCGCUGCUGCCGUUCUAUCGUGUGCAGAGCGCCGUGGUGCUUGGAGACGACGAAGUGGCGUUCGAGAUCGCCCUGGAGCUGUCACUCUACGGCGCUCGCGUCAAUGUCCCGCUGCUCGACGAGGCUCGCGCAGACAAGUGGCGCCGCAUGAACGAGACCAUCUUGCAGCGCACGGCUAAGGGCGAGCUCAUCUCGUUCCAAAACACGAUCCAGGAUCGUCGCGGGGAGACCCCUGUAGACUCGGGUAUGCAGAACGCAGACGUGCUCAUCUUCACAGGCGUCCCGGAGCGCUCACUGGAGCACGCGAGGGUCAUGCAGACCAUGCUGGGCGAGCACGCGCGCCCUCGCCUGAUCGCUGUGGUGGACGACUGUGCUGCUGGAGCCAAAUUGCGUGAGCUCGGAGUUCUCACCGUACAGCCUUCGAUCGCGCUGGGCAACAUCGUGACGCGACUUGCGCUAUUGGACGCUCCACUGGCCGCCAACCUGUCCAAGGAGCUGAGCUCAACCAGCAACUUCUCGACAGCCGCGUACUUCCGAGCCGACGGUGAUGGCGACCGUGACUCGCUGACCUCUCUCUCGGAGCUGCGCCUGCCUGCUCGACGCCUCGCGCUGGGCCGCAGCGUCGUCAACCACCACUCGGUGGACUACGACCGUCUGGCCGAGGCGCUGGCGGCCGAGAACCUGCCGAUGCCCCCGCCGCCGUCGCGUGUGUCCAUGUUCGGUACGUCGGCCGUCGAGCACGACCCGUUCGCCAAGCGCUCGCGCAACCUCGGCGCCCACGAGCACUACGUGUUGGAAGACGACGGCUUCGACGUCCCCGACGACCGGUCGAUCUUCGAGGAGCAGUUUGUGGUGCCGUCUCCAAGCUCCAGCGCUGGAGGAGGAUCCCGAUCUCGAUCCCGGUCGCGUCGACGCUCGCGCCUCGGCUCGAGCAGCAGCAGCGUCGGCGGAGGCACUGGCUACGUCACGCUACACCGCGCCCAGUCCACGGGUCCGUAAGACCUGGCACUUCAACUUGGAAGAUGGCUACACUCGUUGCAGCACCGCAAGAAUAGUUUGUCGUAAAAUAGGGAUUUUGAGUUCAACCACGUGC